AUGUAUUUUUUUCAGGAGUUAGAAGUUCACGAGCUUUCGCUCAGUCAUCACAUUAAAAUCGAAGCAGCUGCUCCAACUAUCCACAUCUGUCAUCCUUGUAACGUAACCUGUACAUCACUUGGAGAAUACUCUAAGCACGUCGAUACACUGGAGCAUCGCAAGAAACGCGACAGAAUGAGGGCAAUUAUCGAUACGAUGGAUGCUGGCACUGAGAUAAAAAAUGAUAAUCGAGGAGUGCAACAAGGCACUGGUCAUCCUAUCCAUGCUCCCAACUAUGUCGAACCAACGUUGCCCUUCAUACGCAAUGGUGCCAAUAGGAUAUGA